GGAGCACUGCAUCUUAGCAAAUGGAUCUCCCCACCCCCACAGAUGAAAUAAGAAGUCUUCCCUUGCUGUCUUAGAUCACAUUGCUCUGACUCCAGCCCAGUCUACGGAGAAGGAAGGAAGGUCACACAGUUAAAAUGUCUGAUCUGGAAAAGGCCAUGAUUGCCAUCAUUGAAGCUUUCCACCAGUAUUCAGGAAAAGAGGGAGACAAACACAAGCUGAAGAAAUCUGAAUUAAAAGAGCUCAUUAACAAUGAACUCCCUCAUUUUUUAGGCGAAAUCAAGGAUCAGGAGACAGUGGACAAAGUGAUGGAGACGCUGGAUUGUGACGGUGAUGCAGAAUGUGACUUCCAGGAAUUUGUAGCCUUCAUUGCUAUGGUCACCUCAGCUUGUCAUGAAUUCUUUGAACAUGAGUGAAUCAUCAGAGAAGCAGCCAAUAACUUACUGUGUGCUUUGUAAAGAUAAAAGGGAGAAACAAUGUGAAUUCUAAUUCAGAGAGCCUGAGGGGGCUUAGGGGCUACUAGGAUUUAAAGUCUGCUAGGCCUGAGUAGCUUAUUAAGUUCAGUAUGCUUUAUGAAUGGAAACACGUAUGUCUCUUUAAAGGUUGUUUGCUGAUGCCAGCCUAGCUCUCAUACAGUAUUUGUAUGCCUUGCCUAUAACUAGAAUGCAUAGCAUCCUCCUGCUAUAUGGCUAGAUAAGUGCACAGCUUCAGAGGCAACUAGUUAGAUCCUCCAAAGUGUCCACAUUUUAUUGUAAAGGCAAGAAAAAGGAGAUCAACUGGUAGGUGAUAUAAAGGAACUGGAGAACAUAAGUCCGAUCCAAAAUCCAUUGAACAAAAUGAAAAUACUCCAAUGGACUUCAAUUAGCUCUGCAUCAGGAACAAUGUAUAAUACUAAUAAAGUCAAGAUAGUAAAUACUACACUGAAUAGCUGCCCAACAUUUUUAUGAACACUUUUAUUUCUUAGGAGCUUAUUUACCCACAGACAGUAUGGUUUAUAAAAUGCACACUAUACUAUGUAACAUGCUGGAUUUGAUAUCUUAUUCUUACAGCCUCCUUUUUAACUGCCUGUAGAAAUAGGAGCUAAAGCAAUUCCAGCUUAUAGAUGUAUUGUAGUAAUGAGGUAGCUGGAAAAAUAAAGCUUAGGAAUG